AAUUUCCGCUCCAUCCUGCUUCUUCUCGUCCUGGAUUGUGGGAUCUCGUUGCUGGGUUUGAUGUUUCAGAGGAAGACUUCCGUAUAUUCUCUCCUUUCGUAUAGGAAUUUACAUGUAGGGUUCUCAAGAAUCUUUUUUGAAUUCGGAACCUUGUCCAAUACCUUUAGUGAUUGGAAAUUGGAUUCGGAGUCUUUAAGUGCCUCCAUCCGAUUCAGCUGUUUAGGAAUUGAUCAGAUAACUUUCGAUUUCAAUUUUGAAUUGAUUGAUCACUUUUCGAUAUUUCAGGUGCUGAUCGAGUUCCAGUAGUACUCAAACUGCGUUCAUGGACUCGAUCGAGUUGGUCAAGGAAUCUGGGCAUAGUCCUAUAAUUCCAGGAUUGCCAGAUGACUUGGCUUUGAGGUGUUUGGCAAAGGUGUCACAUGGGUAUCACGGACUGCUUGAAACUGUUUCCAAGAGAUGGAGAGAUGUUUUCCGAAGUUCAGAUUAUUGCAACUUAAAAGCUAGAGAAGGAUGGUGUGGAAACUGGUUAUUUGUUCUGACAGAAGGGAUCAACGCCCAGUGGAUUGCUUAUGAUCCAGAUGCUGACAAAUGGCAUCCUCUGCCUAAGAUUCAAAGUGCCAAUCCUGGCUGGCACCAUUAUGGAUUUUCAUGUGUUACUGUGUGCAACAAAUUUUUAGUGAUUGGGGGCUCCUAUGCACCACAUGAUCCUGCAUUUUCACACCAACGGCCUGUGCCAACUAAUGCUGUUGUGCAGUUUGAUCCAUUCAUGAGAAAAUGGACUCGAUUGUCAAGUAUGAAAACGCCACGAUCCCACUUUGCAUGCUGUGUUGUUUGUGAUAAGGUUUAUGUAGCUGGGGGACGCACAUCAUCAGAUACCAGAGGACUUGCUCUGGCUGAAGUUUAUGAUCCAUCAAAGGAUAGAUGGCAUGAAUUGCCACCAAUGUCUACUCCGCACGUGGAUUGCUUGGGGUUAUCAUAUAAAGGCCAAGUUCAUGUUCUAAGUGACCAUGUUGGCCUACCUACCCAGAACACCUCGGAGAUCUUCAAUCCAUCAGAGAGAAGAUGGCACACAGUAGAAGAUAUCUGGCCUUUCUCAAGGGCAAUGCAGUUUGCAGUUACAGUGGUGGGGGAUGAUAAACUAUACACCAUAGUUGACUGGGGAGAGAGUUCCAUCAAGACCAGGGACGGCAAUCAACAGGAGUGGUCCAAUGUGGGUUCAGUUCCACCUGUGUUUCUUGCGGACCACUCCCGCCCAUUGGAGGCCUUUGGGUAUGGUUUUGCUGCACUGCGGUGUGAUUUAUACGUUAUCGGUGGGAAGGUUCUGAAGUGGGAUGAAUCAGGUGCUGGGAGAUUUGACAUUGUGAAGCUGGCUGGGGUGAGAGUUUGUGAUCCAACGGUAGCGCCAUUAAAUUGGAAGGAGACGAGACCAAUGUGCAAGUCAGCAUGUGGCGCCAUCCUAGGCUGCGCUGCAAUGGAAGAAUAGUCUUCAUGCCAAUUCUUUUUAACCUUUGAGGAUCUA